AGACGCCCAACGCGGCGUCCGGCGCGCGGCUGGGCCGGCGGUGGCGGCUGUCGCUGGCCUCGUUGCUUGAGCCGCGGGGUCCGCGUCCGCUCCGUCCGCCCUUCGCCUUGCGCCCGGUCGGGGCCUCCGCGGCCCGGCGCCGGCCCGCCAUGGUGCCGUCGGCGCGCCCUGCGCGGCCCCGCUGAGCCUGGGUGCGGCGGCGAGCGCGGCUCGGGGUCACCAUGCCCACCCGAGUGUGUUGCUGCUGUUCUGCUUUGCGUCCUCGCUACAAACGCCUGGUGGACAACAUAUUCCCUGAGGAUCCAAAAGUAAUUUGAUCUACAUCUACUGAUCCUUCUCUUUGCUGACCCAUCCUUCCCCCCUGCUGACCUCCCUAAGGAUGGCCUCGUUAAAGCAGACAUGGAGAAAUUGACAUUUUAUGCAGUAUCUGCUCCAGAGAAGUUGGAUCGAAUUGGUUCUUACUUAGCAGAAAGGUUGAGCAGGGAUGUUGUCAGACAUCGUUCUGGGUAUGUUUUAAUUGCUAUGGAAGCCUUGGACCAACUUCUGAUGGCUUGCCAUUCUCAAAGCAUCAAGCCAUUUGUAGAAAGCUUUCUGCAUAUGGUGGCAAAGCUGCUAGAAUCCGGGGAACCAAAGCUUCAAGUGCUUGGAACAAAUUCUUUUGUCAAAUUUGCAAAUAUUGAAGAAGACACACCGUCCUAUCACCGACGUUACGACUUUUUUGUAUCUCGCUUCAGUGCCAUGUGUCAUUCCUGUCAUAGUGAUGCAGAAAUACGAACAGAAAUCCGAAUUGCUGGAAUCAGGGGUAUUCAGGGAGUGGUUCGCAAAACAGUUAAUGAUGAACUUCGGGCUACCAUUUGGGAACCCCAGCACAUGGACAAAAUUGUUCCGUCCCUGUUAUUUAACAUGCAGAAGAUAGAAGAGGUUGACAGUCGCAUAGGCCCUCCUCCUUCUCCUUCUGCUGCUGACAAAGAAGAGAACCCUGCCGUGCUGGCUGAAAACUGCUUCAGGGAGCUGCUGGGUCGAGCGACUUUUGGGAAUAUGAAUAACGCUGUUAGACCAGUUUUUGCGCAUUUAGACCAUCACAAACUAUGGGAUCCCAAUGAAUUUGCAGUUCACUGCUUUAAAAUUAUAAUGUAUUCCAUUCAGGCUCAGUAUUCUCACCACGUAAUUCAGGAAAUUCUAGGACACCUUGAUGCUCGUAAAAAAGAUUCUCCACGGGUCCGAGCAGGUAUCAUUCAGGUUCUAUUAGAGGCUGUUGCCAUUGCUGCCAAAGGUUCCAUAGGACCCACGGUGCUGGAAGUCUUUAACACCCUACUGAAGCACCUGCGUCUCAGUGUUGAAUUUGAAGCAAAUGAUUUACAGGGGGGAUCUGUAGGCAGUGCCAACUUAAACACCAGUACCAAAGACAAUGAUGAGAAGAUUGUGCAGAAUGCUAUCAUCCAAACAAUAGGAUUUUUUGGAAGUAACCUACCAGAUUAUCAGAGGUCAGAAAUCAUGAUGUUCAUUAUGGGAAAAGUACCCGUUUUUGGAACAUCCACUCACACUUUGGAUAUCAGUCAACUAGGGGAUUUGGGAACCAGGCGGAUUCAGAUAAUGUUGCUGAGAUCUUUACUUAUGGUGACCUCUGGAUAUAAAGCAAAGACAAUUGUUACUGCACUACCUGGGUCUUUUCUGGAUCCUUUGUUAUCACCAUCCCUCAUGGAAGACUAUGAACUGAGACAGUUAGUCUUGGAAGUAAUGCAUAACCUCAUGGAUCGCCAUGACAACAGGGCAAAACUUCGAGGGAUCAGAAUAAUACCAGAUGUAGCUGACCUAAAGAUAAAAAGAGAAAAAAUUUGUAGACAAGACACAAGUUUCAUGAAAAAGAACGGGCAACAACUAUAUCGGCACAUAUAUUUGGGCUGUAAAGAGGAAGACAAUGUUCAGAAAAACUAUGAGCUACUUUAUACUUCUCUUGCUCUCAUCACUAUUGAAUUGGCCAAUGAGGAAGUGGUUAUUGAUCUCAUUCGAUUAGCCAUUGCUUUACAGGACAGUGCGAUUAUCAAUGAGGAUAAUUUGUCCAUGUUCCAUCGCUGUGGAAUCAUGGCUCUGGUUGCGGCCUAUCUCAACUUUGUAAGUCAGAUGAUAGCCGUCCCAGCGUUUUGCCAGCACGUCAGCAAGGUGAUUGAAAUUCGAACUAUGGAAGCUCCUUAUUUUCUACCAGAGCAUAUUUUCAGAGAGAAGUGCAUGCUUCCGAAAUCUUUAGAGAAGCAUGACAAAAGUUUAUGCUUUUUGACCAACAAGAUCGCGGAGUCACUAGGCGGAAGCGGUUACAGUGUCGAGAGGUUGUCGGUACCGUAUGUGCCGCAAGUAACAGCUCUCUUUCCUUCAGACAAAAAACCUCACAAACCCAGGCACAAGCGCAAAGAUGAAGAUCGACUUUCUAGAAGAAAAAGUAUUGUGGACACCGUAUCCAUUCAGGUGGAUAUUUUGCCCAACAGCAUCCCUUCUGAUGAUGUGGUUAGUAACACUGAAGAAAUCACCUUUGAAGCGCUGAAGAAAGCAAUUGAUACCAGUGGAAUGGAAGAACAGGAAAAGGAAAAGAGGCGUCUUGUGAUAGAGAAAUUCCAGAAAGCACCUUUUGAAGAAAUAGCAGCACAGUGUGAGUCCAAAGCAAAUUUGCUUCAUGACAGACUUGCUCAAAUACUGGAACUCACCAUACGCCCUCCUCCUAGUCCGUCGGGAACACUGACCAUUACUUCUGGGCAUGCCCAGUACCAGUCUGUCCCAGUCUAUGAGAUGAAGUUUCCAGAUCUGUGUGUGUACUGAGUGGCUCAUGAAGACCUCAGCAGAGGAUCUAAAGCCUAUAAAUGAAGGCCCCGCUGAGUUUUCAGGGUUUCCUUAAUGUGUGUUAACAUGCUUCCUGGGAAUAACGGUGAGACUUCUCUUCAGCCAAAUCUUGGCACGUACCGCAUUAGAAACGGUGGAGCUGUAUAUGGUUGAGAGUACUUUUGAGGGUCGGUUUCUGUCACGAUAGUCUCUUUUGAGCUUCCUGUUGGCUUCCAGAGUUGGACAUGUAUUGGCCUCCCAUCAUUCCAUAGUUCAACAGUGUACUUUAAACUUUUCACAAACAGGUAAUUUUAAAAGAUUGUGCUUUCAGAGGGUUGAAGAUGCAUCGGGUGUCUGCUGUAUUUCUUAAACAUCUACACAACUGCUUAGAAAUAGAAUUGCUUUUGUGUCUGGUUAUCUGCAAAAGCAAAUACAUACAAAUAUAUUGCUGAUCUUGGGGCUGCAAAACUGUUCUGUGGCUUGUUGUCCCCAUGUUUUAGAUGUUGUGACCUGUAGUAACAUGUGCUAGGCAUACCUCAACGUGUUUAUGGUAAGAAGACAUCUCUUGAAUAAUAUUCCUAGAAUAUGACCAACCCUAAAAUCGCCAUACUUAAAAAGCGUCUAGUUUUCGUAAUACUGUGUUGUCUGCCGAGAGUUGACCAUUCUACUUGAGAGAAGCUUAGAGCUUACUCUUGGCAUACCAAACCGUGCAAUAUUUUUUUACAUCAUAAGAUGUAUUAGUUUACAGAAUAUACUUUGAAACUAUAGUAGUAUUUUGCUGUGGCUCCAUUAAUUAAAUGAGAUCUGUAUUUAGUGUAAGAAAAAAAGACAUUUAAAACAGCUACUGGUUCACCUGUGAAGAGUGUGUACAUUUUGAUUUCUUCCAAAGCGCAUUAUUUACAUUUUUAUAUUGUGCAUUGUUUUAAAUCUUCGUAGUCAAAAGAUUCUCCAAAUGGGCUUUUAAUUUGUAAGAUUUGAACUGUAACUUGUAUGCAUCUGUUUAGGAUUUGUUAUAUUACACUUCAAAAGAGUGCCUGUGGCUUUAGUGAUCAAGCGUGCUAAGGAUUGUCAGCGGAAGCUUCUGUUGAUCGAGGCCACCGAGACUACACGUGUAACAUGUGCUCCCAGCCUCACAGUGUUUCCUUAAAAUUAUGUGCAUUUGAGUGAAUUCCAUCACA